AUGUUCUUCGGGGAGGCCGUGCGGCUCGUUUGGGAGUGGACAGGAGUGGUUUGCUUUGGCAGUGAGUACGAGUCCGAGUCACGUGCUGCGCCGUACGGUGCCUGGCACCAAGCGCCUGCCGUCGUCCCACGAGAGCGCGCUACGAUGCGUUACGCCCUCAGCCUCAACCCCACGGGCGCUCCAUCGCUGAGAGCCUCGUUUGAUCAGAUAUACGUAGGUCAUCGUCUGCCCGAAACACUCCGUGAUAUGUCCAUAGAGGGACAAACGCUAGGGCACACACAUACCGUGGAAAUUGGGGCCCUACGGGCCCUUCCCUCCAUGUAUUUUUGUGCCGCGAGCAGGUGCGAGCCGGACGCACCAGGCCAUAUUGCUACACACCUUGCGCCGCCCUCAUCUCCGUUUCGCGAGAGGCUCUAG